AUGUCUCUACUACGCAGCGCAGUCGCGCGGCCAUUGCGGGCUGCUGUCUCGGCGAAGGCAACGCUCCGAACUACCCUGGCCGGGCCCUCCUCGAUCCCCGCUGCCACAGACAUCAGCAUGCUCUGUCGCUCCUUUGCAUCGACAUCCCUCGCUCACGCGGACAACAAAUCCACAUCAUCGACUUUGACCGGCAAGUCGGCAGCGUCGACCUACACAGCCAUUCUCGACUCACUCCAGGACUCCUAUGAGAAAUCCACGCGCGGGACGGGUUCGCGCUUCUCUCGCCCCUCCGAUGGCCGUCGUGGCUACGUCGAGGACCUCGAGGCCGACUGGGCAAGUCGAGCAGUGUACGGCGAGCAGAGUUGGCCAGCAACGCCAUUCAGUGGUCGAAGCAUCCGCGUCACUCCACAGGCAGACCCAGCACGAGCCUACGCUCAACUCGCAGUGCUACUCAGGAGGAAUAACAUCCGACAGGAACUCAGGCUGCAGCAGAGGUACGAAAAGCCAAACGAGGAGAGGAGGAGGAAGAAGAGUGAGAGGCAUAGGAGAAGGUUCGCAGAUAUGGUCCGGAGGAAGGUCCAACUUGUGAUGGCUAUCAAGGCUCGUGGUGCUUAG